AUGAGCUACGCUCCCCAAGGCUCCGGUGCUUAUGUUGGUGAGGCACCCCAGAGGAAAGGAUCCGUCAAAGCUGCCAGAGAACGCGCCAAUGCUGAGCAGCAAUACCUGAGGCCAGACAACUUUUCUUUCCCGGCCCAGUCACACGAACUCUCUUCCCAAUAUUCUCGACCGCCCACUCGACCGCAGGUCGACCCGACUCCUCCUUCAAGUUCAGAAGGCAACCGCCAGAUGCAGCCCUCCCCAGGUCCCGAUUGGCCUCUCCCGGCUCCUGUCGAGAAUGACGCCCCCCGCCAAAAAGGACCGCCACCCCAACGGCCGCCAAGGCCGUCUUACGUUCCCUCGAUCCUUGACCCUUCGAACCAGUCGCAGUUCCUCGCUCCGCCCAUGCCCGCGACUCCGCGUAGACAUCAUAACCCCGAGCCAGUCUCACCUUCGGAGUACGCCGACGACAACCUGCUUUCUCCUUCGUAUUAUCCGUCUGCGAGGGAUAACCGACCAAUGACGACUUUAUCUUUUGCAUCAAACUCUUCGCUGGGCGAAAUACCGGAUUUCCCCGUCCCCGUCGAUCCUGUUCAGCCACGUGCGACUCUCGGCCCUCCACCUACCGCAAGAAGAGGACCUUCGUCUUACUACUCGCAAAUGUCUUACGUUUCACCGAUUGUGGAAGAGGCGGAAUCGUCAAGGUCUCACAACUCAUUCGCCUCUAGCAAUGUCAUUCCUUCCUCUGUGCCGGACUUUUACCUGGAUGAGUAUGGGAAUCCUUCAUAUGACGACAUUCCCAUGAACAGCCCUAGCGACGAUGGGCGGUUUUCACAUGAUGGUGAUGAGAAGGGACUUGUGAGACACGCCAGCGUUGGUAAAAGGGUUACGCCUGCCCUGACUAAUGUCAAGAGCGUGGACAGUUUCGAGAAGCUCGGAAGGGAAUCCAAGAAACGAAGCAGCCUCUUGGGAGCGGCAGGUGGCGUCUUUGGUGGGGGGUAUGGUGCUUCUCGGGAAGGACAGCCAAGGUCAUCUUCACGGCCGGACAGUGAGGCACUCAGCGGUGCCUGGCCGGGCCAAUCUUCGUCACCAACACCAUCGCCAACGCUAUCAACUGACACAUUGAACUUCUUCACUAAGAAGCCAAGCAAGCCGUCUCCACUGGCACGAUCGGACAGUCUUGACUCCCCCGUCGAUCCUAGAGUAGAGCAGAUCCUGGGUGGUUUAGAGAAGGGGGGUGCUUUGGGUCCCGAAGGCACGAAAUCGUCGUCUCUGGCGGACCGUGUUGGAUCCAGGAGGCCCCCUCGUUUGAACAUAAAUUCGGUCAGAGACGCUGAAGCUCGCGGAAGCCUUACUAGCUUACCCGAUCUGAUCAAGCGUGCAACGCGCCUGGCCACAAAUCUCGACCGCGGCAAGACCGCAAGUAGGGUUGGGGUGGAAAUGUGGGAGAAGGGCGGGGACCAGGGAGGACACGCUCGGAAUUCUGGAUCUAUUCACGACAUGCUCUCGUCCUUUCCUCCGCCCGGUCUCGGUACUCCUAAUGGAAGUGCCCAUGGAUCCCGCCCUCCGUCCCGGUGGCCCUCCGGUCUUGCCUUACACGAAUCUCACUACCCGGAUGAAAACGACACAAGACGGGAACCAAGGAAGCAAGGUCGGAAGUGUUGCGGUAUGCCGUUGUGGUGCUUCGUUACUCUCAUCACCGUCCUGGCAGUGCUGGUGAUUGCCGCAAUCGUCGUUCCCAUCUGCUUAAUUGUUGUGCCAGCCCAGGAUUCCAAAUCCAGCGGGCUUGCGAGUUGUCAAAAGAACAUGCCGUGCAAGAAUGGUGGUAGCAGCAUCAUUGAUUUGAACGGUCAAUGCAGCUGUCUGUGCACCAACGGAUUUACUGGCACGCAGUGUACCUUGACUCACGACGCUAGUUGCACAACCUCCAACAUCGGGAGCAUCCGCAACGCCACAAUCGGGUCCGCCAUCCCCGACCUCUUAUCCGAUGGCAAAUCCGAAUUUGAUAUUCCGCUCAACUCCACACUCAUUUACACGCUCUUUACUACCUCCAACAUGAGCUGCACCGCGCAGAAUGCCCUCGUUACCCUCAAUGGUCUGUCAGCUCGCUCGGUCGAGCCCAUGCCCAACCUUGCGGAAGAGGCGGUACCCAGUGCUACUUUCUCCUCAGCACCCGCAGCGAUGACAACCGCUCCUCCGUCCCUGCAGCUGGCGGCUCGCGAGGUGUCUUCCGAAGGAGCUAAAACCAAGCUUGGAAUCGUAUACGACGCAUCACCAGCCUCUAGCACUGCCACCGCGACAGCCACCGAUGCAGCCGCAUCCGCUUCAUCUUCUGCAUCAUUGAAUUCAGUCGGCGUCAGCAGCAAAGAACUCCAUUUCUCGCGAAUCGUCGUGCUCUAUGUAUUUCAGGCGAGUCGAGAUUUGACUCAGGCUGAUAUGGCACAGCAGAACCUGCAGACGUAUUUCUUCGAUCUCAAGAAGGGCAACAAAGACGCGAUCGGCGCAACGGCCGUGAGUCUCGGGAACGGGUUUACGAUCGAUUUUACCCAAUGGCAUGUAACGUUGAAGAACGGGACGGCAAUCGGAAAGUACGUCUCAUAA